GGCAAAGAGGCGCGGGGGUCCGGGGUCGCAGCUGUGGCUGGAGUGGCCCCCUGGCUGAGAAGACUCCGGAUCGCAUGCCGGUCCUCUGCUUGAGCCCGCAUGACCUCGAAGAAUCGACGAUCUUGGUCCUGCCGGAGCUCAAGCAGGGACUGUUGGUGGCUCUGAUGUACUGCAGCCAGGGACUGGAGGACCUCCGCCAGCUGGGAGGACUCUAUGGGGCGACUUCCUUCCAUGAAGUGGAUAAUAUGAUCCCGGGUUUCGGCACCAGUGUAAAGCUCGUCUUUAAGGAGGGAAGGAGGACACUGGGAACAGGGCUUCCAAAACAGAGUUAUGACAUGGUCCAUUACGGUCAUUCCAAUCAGCUUCGACAAGCCAAGGCGAUGGGAGACUACCUCAUUGUUGGAGUGCACACUGAUGAUGAGAUCUCUAAACACAAAGGUCCUCCAGUGUUCACGCAAGUAGAGAGAUACAAGAUGGUGCGAGCCAUCAAGUGGGUGGAUGAGAUCGUGGAAGGAGCUCCAUACGUCACCACGCUUGAGACGCUGGACAAAUACUGCUGUGACUUCUGUGUUCAUGGAGAUGACAUCACACUCACUGUGGAUGGAAAAGACACGUAUGAGGAAGUGAAAGAGUCGGGUAGGUACAGAGAGUGUAAGAGAACGCAAGGUGUGUCCACCACAGACCUAGUCGGCCGCAUGCUGCUCAUGACUAAAGCUCAUCACAGCAACAUGGGCAGUUCAGACUAUCAACAACACACAGACAACUUUGGAAGAGGUCCAAAGGGCCACAGUCCCUGGACAGGAGUGUCACAAUUCCUGCAGACGUCCCAAAAAAUCAUCCAGUUUGCCUCAGGGCAGGAGCCACAGCCAGGAGACACCAUCAUCUAUGUGGCUGGAGCUUUUGACCUAUUCCACAUUGGUCAUGUGGAUUUCCUGGAGGCAGUGUCCAAGCUUUCUGACAAGCCAUAUGUUAUAGUUGGGUUACACUUCGAUCAGGAGGUGAAUCGUUACAAAGGGAAAAACUAUCCUAUCAUGAACAUCCAUGAGAGAACACUGAGUGUGCUGGCCUGCCGAUAUGUUUCUGAGGUUGUGAUCGGGGCACCAUACGCAGUCACUAAAGACUUACUGGACCAUUUCAAGGUGGAUCUGGUGUGCCAUGGGAAAACAGAAGUGUUUCCAGACAGAGAUGGAUCAGACCCUUAUGCCGUGCCCAGGAGAAUGGGGAUAUUGCAAACAGUGGACAGCGGAAACAUUCUCACCACUGACGACAUUGUACAGAGGAUCAUCAAAAACAGGUUGCUCUUUGAGGCGAGGAAUCUGAAAAAAGAGGCUAAAGAGAUGGCUGUGAUCCAGGCCAUGAAGAGACGAGAAGAGGAGAAGGCAAAAGAGAGAGCAUAGACUGUGCUGUAGAAAAGAAUACAUAAUCGGAGACUGAUAAAACCCAAUAGAUGUCCACAUACUGGAUUCACAUACUGUUUGUCAGAAUCACCAGCAAUCAGGAGAUCUUUUAUAGCUGUUGAAAAUUAAUUAGCCUGUGUUUUGGGAGAUUUGUGUCCAAUUAAAUGGCAUCUGAUUUCAGAAACCUCUUCAAUUCUCCACAGCCCCCAUCUAACGGAAAAGAAGAAGAGUGGAGAAGUGCUUCUCAAUGGUACUUCCAUGGACUCUUGAUACAACUUGUACCUCUACAUCAGUACCAUCUCAAAGUAGAGGACCAUUCCCAUCAGAUCUGUCCACUGCAGGUUUUAAAGGGGGGGGUUGUUUGUGCUAGACUGUGCUAGUGUACAGGAUGUUGUUACAUACUGUGAUGACAUAGGUGAUCAACUAUAUCUUUACCUCCACAUGUUAAUCACUCCUGAGAAACCAACACUCCUCAAGAUCUCAAUCAACUGGAAGAGUGUUACAGUCUUCUUCCCCCAUACGGUAUAUUCAUUAUAAUUAGUGGUGUUUGCUAAGGCAAGCAUUACUAUAUUUACUGUUCAUACUUUGGGUUAGUGAUUUGAACAAAACCCCUAACCACUGUAGUAUGAAAGGAAUAUUCUGGGUUCAAUACAAGUUCAGCUCAAUCCACAGAGUAUGUGGCAUAAUGUAAAAAAAGAAAAAGAAGAAAAAGAGCAAAAAUCUGGGUUCCUGGAAAAUGCAAUGCAUAAAUCAUCCUGCAACAUUUGUGAUAAAGAAAUGAAGGAUACCUUGAAUUGUUGGUGAGAGGUUGGCUAUUUUUUUAAGCAAUCAAAUUUAUGAUUUCUAUAUACCUGACAAACAAUAAAAUAGGCAAAAACCCAAUAGACAAUGCUUUGGCAAACAUUGACAGCGAACAACCGUAGCAUCAAGCCAGGCAGUUUUGGAUGUCAAAUUAUAAAAAUAUAAUGUUAAUAUUAAUCAGUUAUAAUCUGCUACUUAUAAUAUCAAAUAUUUUUCUCAAUUUAAAGCACUCCAUCAAAGUGAACUUUGUUCUUUAAGAAAGGAUAUUGUGUACAAUGUAACUGGUCACACUUAUGAAGGAACGUGUUUCAGGAUGGCUCUUUUGUUAGAUAGAUUUGAUUUCCCUCUGUCACUUUCCUAUGAUUAACUUGAGAUCUUUAAUGUCUUUAUUGUUUUAAAUGGAUUGAAAGGAAUAAUGCUAGCCCUCAGAGGUAAAGUGCUGAUGCAGUUUUAGUUGUUCAUUGUUUUAUAUUGUAUUUAGACUGAAGAAACUGAAGUGUUAUUAAUCUGAGGCACGUUAUUCACAUGGAUUUCCCUAAUGGUCAUACCAGUAUACUGUCUGCACAUAAGGUAGGCUUCUGUGUUUACUUACCAUAUGUUGUGUGUGUAAGCCAUCCUUGGAACAUGUUUUUAAAUGUCUAAAUAUUUCUUGAGACAUUAUGAUCACAUUUUAGAUGUCCUAAAACAGAAAGAUGGUAAUUAUUUCCUCUGAAUAUGCAGUGUAUGCUACCAAUUAUAGCCACAAGAGGUCCGUCUCUUGACAAUGAAAAUCUGAUGUUGGAAUUUUCCAAUAUUUAUUAACCAAUGAUGUUAGCUACAGUGGACUGAAAGCAACCAACUAACUCUGUUUAGAUGUGGUUGGCUGUCAUAGAUCAAUUCUUGGCAAUCAUAUCAAAUGCGUUAUAAUGAAUUACUGGGUAAUAUUUGAAAGAAGAAUUUUAAUUGAACUAAUACAAUUGUCAGUGUAAAAUCUCUAAUGUUUUCAGGGAUUACAGUGUUGUUAGUGAACUUUGAGCUAAUCUUUAUGAAAUUGUAUUGCGUUUAUUUUAACGUUUCAUUUUUUUUUAUUUUAUUGAUAACGAAUAUCCUUGUUUAGGGACUACAUUCACUUUUUGUAAGAUAACAGAACUGAAAGUUUUUUUCUGAAAUAUUCUUCAUUAUGUGAAACACUAUAACAUGAUGCUGGCUGGUUAUGGAUUAUUAUUAAAAUGAAAAGUUUUGGUAAUUCUCCAUGUAGGCUACUGUUAUUAUCAGAAAGAUAAGUGUGCUUUCAAGGGCACACUUGUCUUUAAAUGUAUAUUUUGUGUAUGUCCUUGUAAAUUAAAUACUGUAAAUUACAAAUCACUUUCAUAAUUGUGCAAAUAUAAUCCGCAAUA